GGUCGGCCUGAGUUAGCUUAGCUCGCUGGUUUGGACGACGGCUCCGUUUCUGAAAAUGUCGCCUGUCUUUUCCUAAAAAUAUAAACAUACCGUGGUGGGAGUGGUGACGUAGCAGAGUUUGUGCGUGUUAUAUACAGUUUUUCCAAACGAAGAAUGGAUGCAGUGAACGCGUUCAACAUGGAGCUCUUCUCCAUGAUCGAGAUGAAGCCCCCAAUAUCUCGAGCAAAGAUGAUGUCUGUUACCAAAUCUGCUAUCAAAGCCAUCAAGCUCUACAAACAUGUCGUCCAGAUAGUUGAGAAGUUCAUCAAGAAGUGCAAACCAGAAUUAAAGGUCCCCGGCUUGUACGUAGUCGACUCCAUCGUCCGACAGUCUCGUCACCAGUUUGGUGUGGAAAAGGACGUUUUUGGACCCAGGUUUUUGAAGAACUUUCCGGACACCUUCCAAAAUUUGUUCCUCUGUCCUGAGGACGACAAGAGCAAGAUCAUCCGUGUCUUGAACCUGUGGCAGAAGAACGGGGUGUUUGACAUGGCCAUUCUUCAGCCUCUGAUGGACCUGGCCAACGGAACUUUGAUGCCUUCACCUGUACCAGAAGUUCCCUGUGAGCCGCAGCCAGAACCUGCUGUUGCACCGGCUCCCGCUGUUCCCAAUCUGUCCAACCUUCCCAGUUCUGACGCUUUAGCUGCAGUGGCUCAGCUGUUCCAGUCCCCUCAUGGCCAAGAGCUUCAACGAAUGCUGCAGAACAUCCAGCAGGCCGACAGAUCUGUUGUACCAAACAUGUCCAACAUCCCCCAAGCUGUUCCACAGAUGCCCCAGUUCACCCAGCACAGCGCAGAUGCAGAGAGAAGAAACCCCUUAGCUGAGAAACUUCUGGACCGAUUUGAGUAUGACGAUGAACCCGACGACCCUAAAAAGGAGAUCACCCUUCACCCACAAGGGAUGCCAGAAAAUUCUCAUUUGUUUCAUCCGAUGGCCAACAUGCACAAUGUUCAUCCACAUCUGAUGGGACAGACGGCCGGCAUUGAGCAUGGUGGAAUGAUGAAUCAUGGCAACUAUCAGAGGAUACCAGACAUCCACCAUCCAAAUGACGUUCCUCCACAGCUGCAGGAGAACUCCAGGGAGGACUCGUCCUCGAGGAGAGACAACAGGCAUCGAGGACACGGCAGGAGAUCCAGAUCUGGGUCCAGAUCCCCACGACGAAGAAGGUCCAGGUCCUCGUCCCGUUCCAGACGGUCGAGACACAGGCGGUCUCGCUCUCGCUCCAGAGAUCGCACCAGAGAGCACAGGCGUUCUCGUUCCCAGGACCGGGCCGAAAGGGAGCUGGAAAGAGAGCGCAGACAGAAGGGUCUCCCUAGUAUCAAGAGCCAGACUCUCAGCGUUUGCAGCACAACUCUGUGGGUUGGACAGCUGGACAAGAAGACUCAACAAACGGACGUCACAUCCCUCCUGGAGGAGUUUGGCCAGAUUGAGUCCAUCAAUAUGAUUCCUCCUAGGGGCUGCGCCUACAUUGUCAUGGUGCACCGAACCGAUGCCUACACCGCCUUGAACAAACUCAGCAGGGGCUCGUACAAAGUGAAUCAGAAGCCUGUCAAGAUUGCCUGGGCUUUGAACAAAGGCAUAAAACAGGCACACAAAAAGUUGUGGGACGUGGAGCGAGGAGUGACCUACAUUCCCUGGAGUAAAGUCAAGGUCGAUGAGUUGGAGAGCUACCGUGAAGGAGGGAUGUUUGACCCAGAUACUCUGAGCCCAGAGUGGAAACACCUCGUGGAAGUAAAUAAGCCGGUGUCUGUGAACGGACUGUUGGAGACGUUACCAGCAGAUGGCCCCAUCACUGCUCCAGUCCAGGUGCCUCCAGUUCAGCAGGCCACGCCCCCUUUGGGGAGUCCUGGGUUCUCCAGUCCCAUCAUGAUGUCGCCCACAUCCAUGCCACCUGUUGUGCCGCCUUCGUUCAUCCCUGCGGAGCUGGCGCCGGCGAACCUACCUGGAGCAGGUAAUGCGAACCCUCCGGAGGAAGUGAAGAUGGAAAAGCCACCCAAUCUGAACCCAGAGCUGGGUUCCCCUCCAGGACCCGGGGUGACGCCCGCUGGUCUUCCCAGACCGGGUUUGCCUCCCCCCAUGCAGCCCCCUCCCGGGAUGCCCCCGUUCCUCCCCCCUCCCAACAUGCCGCCUCACAUGAUGCCGCCCAACAUGUUCAUGGCCAACCGCUUCAGAAUGCCCAUGAACUUCCCGCCCGCAGGACCGCCCUUCCCUCGACCCAUGCGGUCCGACGGCAUCAACCUGCGGCCCGGGAUGCCUUUCCGAAACUUGAGGCCCGGGUUCGGACCGCCUCCACCAUUCCAGAGGGGAACCUGGUAGAGCUGAUGGACUUCACCUUUGUAUAUUCGGCUCGCCACCGACUCUUCAGAUGUUUUAACUGGCUGCGUUUUUGUACAUAGACGACAACUAGCACGUUUGUUUUUGGGACUUUUGUUCUUGAUGUUCCGCCACGACGAAGAGCUUCAGGCAGACUAUGAUUUGUAAGAAGAUCAUGUUUAGUGAUUAAAAAA